UGGUCCGAUGCAGCCCAACUUGCUCGACCGAGCCAACGCCUCGCCGAAGCAGGAAGUUUCACGGUCCAGCAGUCCCGCCCCAAUUCCAAACCGAAGCGGCCGCGCCGGCGUCGCGCCGCUCACGACGCCGGACCCCUACUCGCCAUGUCCCUUCCUCACCACCUCGCCGCCGGCGAACUCCUCACCGCCCUCCGCGGCGCCUCUUGCGGCUCCUCGGCCCUCCGAUUGUACUCCCUCCUCCGCAUCCACCUCCCCCCCUCAGACCCCUCCUUGGCUGGGCGCGCCGCCGUCUUCGCCCUCAAGCCCCUCUCCGCCGCCGGCUCCCUCCCUCUCCUCUCCCACUUCCACGCGCACCUCAUCAGGUCCAACCUCCUCGCCUACCCCCAGGUCGCCUCAUCGCUCCUUCGUUCCUAUUCACUCCUCUCCCCUGCGGUCGCCCACCACCUGUUCGAUCAAAUGCCCCCUGCCACUUCCAACCUGUUUGUUGUCAACGUAAUGCUUUCGUCCCUGUGCCGUUCCUCUGACCUCGCCUCCGCACGUCUAUUCUUUGACGACAUCCCCGACAAGGACAUCGUCUCUUGGUCGACCAUGCUCGCUUGCUAUUUGUCCAAUAAGAGCGUAGCUGAUGGCCUUGCCUUCUUCCGCACAAUGACAUUCACCACCACACUUGCUCCAGAUUAUGUAAUGCUUGUCACCGUCCUCACAGGCUGUGCGGCGGCUGGCUUGCUGCAGCCGUUCUGCAGAUCCAUUCACGGGUAUAUUGUGCGGCGCCAGGCAGUCAGUAUGCACUUUGGGACAUCGCUUAUUGAUUGCUAUGCGAAGAUUGGCCGUCUCGAUUAUGCUUCCCGUGUCUUUGCGCGGGUGCCCUCCAGGAAUGUGAUGCACUGGACUGCAAUGAUUUGUGGGAUGGCUAUGCAUCUGCAUUAUGACGAGGCUAUCCAGCUGUUUGAGGAGAUGCGCCGGCAAGGAGUGCGACCGAAUGAGAUGACAUUCACUGCCGUGCUCAGUGUAUGCGGGCAUGCUGGACUGGUGGAGCAAGGGAGAGAGUUCUUUAAACUUAUGGUUGAGGAAUAUGACCUUGAGCCAACUAUACAUCACUACGGGUGCAUGGUUGAUAUCUUUGCAAAGGCAGGUCAGUUGGAAGAUGCUUAUGAUGUUAUCAAGACCAUGAGAGUGGAGCCAAAUAUCAUCAUCUGGACUUCGUUGCUAGCGGCUUGCAAGAGGCUUAAGAAUUUUGACAUUGCAAUGGAGGGACUAGAGAAAGUAUUGGCAAUGGAGAUAUCUGAUGAAAAUGCUGGAUUAUAUACUCUUAUGUCUGACCUGUAUGCCAUGGGUGGGCGGUGGGAUGAUGUGUUGAAGGUUAGGAGAUUGAUGGAGGAACAUAAUGUGCGGAACAACAGAGGGUCGAGCUCCAUUAAGGCGGGCAAACCACCUGGCUUGAUUGUUCCUGCCGUCAGUUGAUCUUUUGCUCGGUUCAACGUCUGCAAAGUUUUGGGUUGAAUUGUUGGAUGAUACUCUUUUUGUUAGACUUGCCACAGAUGUAUUCAGCGGAUAGUUCCACACGUUGGUUGAUGAAAUCCAGCUGGGCCUUGUGGGAAUGAGCGGAAUGAAUACAAAUUUCCGGUCUAAUCUCCUGCAAUAUUGUGUUGAGGACUGGAGAUAAGAGAUAAAGAUUUCUUGGAGUACCUUGCUGCUUAUGGCUUCAUGAGCUCCUUUCUUGCCAUUUUGGCCGUUCAGAGAGGACUGAAUGCAGACUAACAGUGGGGUGUCGGGACAGCGACCGAAAAAGCCAUUUGAUCCUAUGAUAGUAUUUGUCAGGCGGUUUGUUGCUAACAAUGUGCAGCCCUAAGUGUUUCAAAUAAACUCUGCAACGU